AUGUCACUUUUCAGAACAUUGCAAUCGUCACCAGCAACCGUGACUCUUUUCCACAAUAACAAAAUCCCCUUGUCAAACGAAUUGUACAAGAUCUUGAACAAAACCUACGACUCAUUGCCACAAAAGCCAAAGUAUGACUUUCAAAUUGACUUGAUGCAAAACAAGAUGCCCACCUAUGAGCAGUAUCAGAUCUUUGUCAACAAGUUUCUCAAAUCUGAGCAAGCCAAAAAGACAUUGCAUGAUAGCUUCCCCUUCUUGAACGAGAGACUGAUUGAUUUGCUUGACUCUCAUGGAAAGAAAGUGACUAUCAAGGGAAUUGAAUGGUCAAACAAGGUGUUUUCUCAAUCAGAGUAUCAAAAGAUUUACGAUACUUUUAACAAGUUGGUGGAGAAUGAACAGGACCACUCGGUUGAGACUAAUCCAAGUCAGAUUUUCAAAGCUCCCUUGGUUGUCGAUUGGGACCAAGACUUGUUAGCUGGAGAUCAAGAAACAUUGAAGGCUUUAUUGGCCAAGUAUAUCGAUCAAUAA